GUGGGUCCCCUGUAGUGGAGCCCCGGGGGUCUGGUGGCAGGAUGGCCGAGGCUGGGGGACCGGAGUCCGCGGCGAGGAGUCUGGAAGAGUCGUCAGACAGCGACCCGGAGCAGGAGCACGGCUCCCCGCAGAAACUCAUCCGCAAAGUGUCGACGUCGGGUCAGAUCCGAAGCAAGACUAUCCUGAAGGAAGGGCAGCUCAUGAAACAGACCACCUCUUUCCAGCGCUGGAAGAGACGUUACUUUAAACUGCGAGGGAGGACGCUGUACUACGCUCAGACCGCCAAGUCUAUCAUCUUCGACGAGGUGGAUCUGACGGAUGCAAGCGUAGCUGAGUCCAGCACCAAGAACGUCAACAACAGCUUCACGGUGAUAACUCCUUGUAGGAGGGUGAUCCUGUGCGCUGACAACAGGAAGGAGAUGGAGGAGUGGAUGGCAGCCCUGCGCAGCGUCCAAAACCGAGAGCACAUGGAGUCUACCCAGUACAGCAUGGAUCAUUUCAGUGGGAUGCAUAACUGGUACGCGUGUUCCCAUGCCCGACCCACCUACUGCAACGUGUGCAGAGAAGCUCUGUCUGGGGUGACGUCCCACGGCCUGUCCUGUGAAGUGUGUAAGUUCAAGGUCCAUAAGCGCUGUGCUGUGCGCGCGACCAACAACUGUAAAUGGACCACGCUGGCCUCCGUAGGGACGGACAUCAUAGAGGACGAGGAAGGGGUGUCCAUGCCCCACCAGUGGCUGGAGGGGAACCUUCCGGUCAGCGCCAAAUGUUCCGUCUGCGAGAAGACCUGCGGCAGUGUGCUCAGACUGCACGACUGGAAGUGUCUCUGGUGCAAGGCCAUGGUUCACUCUAGCUGUAAGGAGCAGCUGUCCAUCAAGUGUCCGCUGGGUCAGUGUAAGGUGUCCGUAAUCCCCCCCACCGCCCUCAACUCCAUCGACUCUGAUGGGUUCUGGAAGGCGUCCUGCCCCCCCUCCUGCACCUCCCCCCUGCUGGUGUGCGUGAACUCUAAAAGCGGAGACAACCAGGGGGUCAAGUUCCUCCGGCGCUUCAAACAGCUGCUCAACCCGGCACAGGUGUUCGACCUGAUGAACGGAGGACCGCACCUAGGGCUGCGGUUGUUCCAGAGGUUCGAUACCUUCCGUAUCCUUGUGUGUGGGGGGGACGGCAGUGUAGGCUGGGUCCUCUCAGAGAUAGACACACUGUCUCUACACACACAGUGCCAGCUGGGGGUCCUGCCCCUGGGCACGGGGAACGACCUGGCCCGGGUGCUGGGCUGGGGGGCGGCCUGCGACGACGACGCUCAGCUGCCCCAGAUCCUGGAGAAACUGGAGAGGGCCAGCACCAAGAUGCUAGACAGAUGGAGUAUUAUGGUCUAUGAGACCAAGUUUCCACGGCAACACUCCUCCUCUACCAUCACUGACGACUACAGCGACACAGAGGUGCAGCAGAUCCUGACCUAUGAAGACUCGGUAGCGGCUCACCUGUCCAAGAUCCUCACAUCGGACCAGCACUCUGUCGUCAUCUCCUCCGCCAAGGUUCUGUGUGAGACGGUGAAGGACUUUGUGGCUCGUGUGGGGAAGGCCUACGAGAAGAACACAGAGAGAUCUGAAGAGUCCGAUGCCAUGGCCAAGAAGUGCGGGGUUCUGAAGGAGAAGCUGGACUCUCUCCUGAAGACGCUGAACGAAGAGUCCCAGGCCUCCAGUGUGGUCCCCGUCGCGCCCCCGCCUCCUUCCCCCCCCCCCACCAUCGCAGAGGAGCAGGAGGAGGAGGAGGAGGGGGUGCUCCACCCCCCCCGGCCCACCCCUCCUCCCCCUGCCUGCUCCCCUCGAUGUAGCUCCGCCCCCCCGGCAGCCAUCUUUAAACCCAGAGAGCAGCUGAUGCUCCGAGCCAACAGCCUGAAGAAAGCCAUCAGGCAGAUUAUAGAGCACACGGAGAGAGCGGUGGAUGAGCAGAACGCUCAGACCCAGAAGGUGUUUUCCCUGGGCGGAGCUCCGGAUGAGGAAGAGGAGGAGGAGGAGGUGGAGGAAGACAGAGUGUCUCUCCAGUCGCAUCACAACACUUCUGCUUACCCCCACGGUCGCACAGUCAGCAAAACCCCCUGUGAGAAGCUCAUAAUGAAGGGUGCGCUCUGUCUGGGCAGCUCUGCAUCCCUUCCUGCCCAGACAGUAAGCAGGGACCAUAUGCUUAACACAAAGAUCCUGUAUCCAAGUCUGAGAGCGGGCGUGUCUGGCUCCCUCUCCAGCAGCUCUGUCAUAAGUCGUCUGCUGGUAAACGCUGACCCAUUCAGCUGUCACCAUGACAACAUGGACUGCUAUACAGAGAAGUGCGUGAUGAACAACUACUUUGGCAUCGGCCUUGACGCUAAAAUCUCUCUGGACUUUAACAACAAGAGAGACGAGCACCCGGAGAAAUGCAGGAGUCGCACUAAGAACAUGAUGUGGUACGGAGUCUUGGGCACCAAGGAGCUCCUCCACCGAACCUACAAGAACCUGGAGCAGAGAGUACUUCUAGAGUGUGACAGCAGGCCCAUCCCUCUCCCCAGCCUGCAGGGCAUUGCGGUCCUCAACAUCCCAUCCUACGCUGGAGGGACCAACUUCUGGGGAGGAACCAAGGAGGACGACUCUCUACCUGUGUGUCUGUCUACCUGUCUGACCCUGCCCGUCUCUACCUGUCUGUCCACCUGUCUGUCUCCCCAGACGUUCUCCGCUCCGUCGUUUGAUGAUAAGAUCCUUGAGGUGGUGGCUGUGUUCGGGAGCAUGCAGAUGGCCGUGUCGCGGGUCAUCAACCUGCAGCAUCACCGCAUAGCUCAGUGUCGCCAGGUGAAGAUCACCAUCCUAGGAGAUGAGUGCGUACCUGUGCAGGUGGAUGGGGAGGCGUGGCUUCAGCCUCCGGGCUUCAUCAGGAUCGUCCACAAGAACCGCACCCAGACCCUCACCAGAGACAGGGCAUUUGAAAGUACUUUGAAGUCUUGGGAGGAUAAACAGCGGUGUGAGUUCAGAGCCCCUCCCCCCCUCUCCCCCCCACAACCCGUCACCCCUCCUCCCCCACUCUCCCCCCCCCACCCUGAGGUGCUCUCUGACGAGCAGCUCGCUCACAUCAGCCAGUUUGGACAGGCUGCCGGAGCGCUAAUCCACAGCAUCCGGGAGAUAGCCCAGUUCCACCACGUCAUGGAGCAGGAGCUCGCCCACGCGGUCAACGCAAGCGCUAAGACCAUGGACAUCGUCUAUGCCAACAAGAGUUCAUCGACGCUGAGCUGUGGAGCCGUCCUCCAGAUGGUCAGCAAUGUGAAGGCUCUGCACAGUGAGACAGAACUCCUGCUGUCUGGAAACAUGUCCAUGCAGUUGGAGCAGCAUCAGGCGGACCAGCUGAACGCUGCUCUGAGUUCUGUUGGGCUGCAGCUCCGCCGUCUGUCUGACAUCGCCUGGCUGGCCCCCCUCAUAGAACCUUCAGAACACGAGGAGGUUCUCGCUGGUUUCUCAGGCAGGAGGUCCUUGGGUUCUAAGUUUCGCCUCGUCCCAAAGUUCAAGAAGGAGAAGUACAACAAGAACCGAGAGGCCUGCACGUCUCUCUCUCUCUCAUUACCAGUGGAGCGGUGGGGAACACUGGAGGUGGGGGCGUGGCUGGAGAGGCUCUGCCUGCAGGAGUAUAAAGAGAUCUUCAUCAGACACGACGUCCAAGGAGCAGAACUCCUCCUGUUGGAGAGGAGAGACCUGAAGGAUCUGGGUGUGACCAAGGUGGGCCACAUGAAGCGGAUCCUGCAGGGCAUCAGAGAGUUGACCCGGAGCAGCACCGAUGUCUAGGACCCCCCCAGGUUCACCUCCCCCCUCUUCUGCUGCUGCCAGUGACCCCGCCCCUGACCUCCGACCUGUGAACCAGCGCCGCCCCACACCGGAACCCCGACGGGACCAAUCACAUGAUCCGCUAGUGCCUUCACCUCACACGUCCUGACCAACCAGCAUCCAGGGCCGGGACUGAGACGGGCCCACCAGGGGAGUCUUAUGGGACUAUUAUGGGAUGGACAGAGUAACCCUUUAAUGGCUGGAUAGGCAGGAAACAAGACCCCCGGGUUUUCUACCGAAUAUUUAUUUUCUAAAUGCUGAGCUUGUGAUGUGUUGUCAUGAAGACGGAGAUCGAGUUCUGCAACAGCAAUAACACCUCUCUCUCUCCCUCUACCUCUACCUCUCUCUCUCUCACUCACACCCAUUCUCACUCGCUCUCUCUUUCGAUCUCUUUCCCUCUCUGUCUCCCUCUCUACUUCUCUCUCAUUCUUUCAACCUCUCCCUUUCUACAUCCAUCUCAAGUCAGUCACCAGACCGUUUAGACUUCCAGAUCUCUCUUGAUUUGAGUUAGGAAAACUAGUUCUAAAACGACAGUCUCAAUAGGUUUUAGAACGAGUCUUCUGAUUGUUGAUCUCUCCUUUUUAUUGGUUACAUCCGCUCCAUGCUGUCUCUGUGCUGCUCUGUACAUGCGCCCCCUGGUGGAAUGUAAAUAUAACAACAUGCUGUAAUAAAGUUUAAUACCGUUAAUCUC